AUGCUACACCACAUCCUGAUCCCCCACCAUCACGCCCUCGCUAACGGAGACCCUCCCGGCGAGCCUCAGUUCAAUGCUGCCGGCUACAACAGCGGCUCCGGUAUCUACGCAUGGAAGGGUGGAGCAUGGGAAGAUUGGUCGGGCCAAGCAAACCGCGUCUACUGCAAGUCUUGGGACAAAUACUUCAGGCAGCAGGGAUACGUCAAGCCCGGCGAGCUCUCUCAGUGGGACCCAACCUGCAGAGGCUUUGACGUCAACUACAAUGAAUGGCACAACCUCGACGACAGCGCCUCUCCCUUCAAGUCGAACACCACUCCUGUCGACCCCGGCUCUGUUGAUUCCUGGCUGUCCAACGUUGGUGGAGGAAUCUACCGCGGACGUCCUACCACCCUGCGUGCGGUACAACAUGUCUUGCUGGGAAGCGUGCUCAGCCUGGGUGGAGUGUGUGUCAGGAUGCGCUUGUAUGAUGCGUGUUGCAAUAAAAAGCGCUCAAAGACACUGAUGUGCAACUCGAAACAAAGGAUGGGCCUGGACGUACAGGUCGAGAGUUUUGUGCUUGCUGUUGUGCUUAGUCAAGCUAGAAUUGAGAAUGUGGAUAAGAGAGGUCUCCCGGACGACGCUGGUGGUGACGAGCUUCAUUCUCAGACUAGGAGGCUGAGGAAUGUUGCGAUGAGGAAGAAGGGUCAGGCCCAGAGAAGCAGAAAGGGAAUGUAA